AUGGCAGAACCACACAACACCCCGUAUCCGCCCUCAACACCCCAAUGCCAGACACCUCGCUCCUCUUCACCGCAACAACUUUCUUCGACCCUCGUGAUCCAUCCAGGCCAAAACAUCACAUUCCCAGGCCUAACCCCAGCAACGGCACCGCCCGCAACCACUAAUGGCAGUCAUGCAAGGCCCAAGGUGCUUCACAUCGGCGACCCGAUCAAGUACAACCCGGACACCUACGCCGCCUUCUCGGCGCAAUGCGAAAUCAUCCGCCCCACGACGCCCGAGCGCCAACGCCCCGCCUUCGCCGCGGCACUCCGGGACGGCAAGUGGGGCGACUUCUCCGCCGUGUUCCGGCCGUUCUGGGGCACUGGCGGCGAGAUGGGCAAGUGGGAUGCCGAGCUAGUGUCGCUGCUGCCCGCGAGCUGUCGGGUGUUUGCGAGCGCGGGUGCUGGUUUCGAUUGGGCCGAUACACAGCUUCUCGGUGAACGGGGAGUCAUCUAUUGCAACUCUGGACUCGCCGCCGCGGAAGCUGUAGCAGAUUUCGCCGUCGCCCUCGUCAUCUCAACCUUUCGACACCUUCCGUGGUGCAUGAGCGCCGUCUCUGACCCCGUCGCCUUCCAAGACUGCCACGGCCGCGCCACGGCCGUCUCACACACCCUCCGCGGUCGCGUGCUCGGUCUUGUCGGCAUGGGAAACAUUGGCCAGCAGAUCGCCCAGCGACUCGGCCUCGGCUUCGGUAUGGACGUGCACUACUUCGACGUAUUCCGCAAAGACGCCGCUGUCGAGACGCAGUUUGACGCGACAUUCCACGAGACUCUCGAGUCUCUGCUCAACAUCUCAGACUGCGUAGUGUUGUGCACGCCCGCGGGUGGUAAGAUCAUCACGGCUGAGUCUCUGGCCUGGUUCAAGCCUGGUUCGCGGUUCGUGAACAUCGCGAGGGGAACCCUUGUGGAUGAGGAAGCGUUGGCCGACGCGCUGGAGUCUGGGCAGAUUGGAACCGUUGCGUUGGAUGUGCAUGACGAUGAGCCAAGGCCUCAUCCGCGGCUGCUGAAGCUGGCUGGGACCAAGGCCAUGUUGACUUGUCAUAACGCCGGCGGUACGGUCGAGACGCAUAAGGGUUUUGAGGAGCUGAGUAUGAGGAACAUCAUGGCUGUGCUGGGUGGUGAAAAGCCAAUCACCCCAGUAAACUUGCAUCAUCUUAAACAGUGA